AUCGCACACGCGAGUAGCUAAAUUUCGAACUUAUAUAUCUUGUUUUCUUUGUAUUACGUGGAAAUCACCACAUAGAGAUUAGGCAAAGUGAAAUCUCUUUUUUUAUAAGUUUUUUUAUUUUCUCUGCAAGUAAAGUGUUAUGUUUGUUAUAAGCCGGAUUAAAAAGCUUCGCAGGUUGUUUCUGGCCCAUAGAUUGCCUAUUGCAUAUUCGUAGUCUAAAGCUUAUUUUAUAAAAAUAUAUGUAAACGAUAGAGCUGGGGGGGGAGGGGCACGCCAAGUUUUCAUAUCUUACUUCGACCUGAAGUAUGAUGGCUAGUAUAUUUAAAAAAUUUGAGAAGUGGCCUCUAUGUUUAUUGAAAUCGAUAAUUGGCUGUAUCGAUCAAACAAUAUCGUUCGCUAUUUUCGAGAAUGAAAUUGAACACAACUGCGGAAAGCAAACGGGCUGCGAAAAAUGUUUGCAUCAUUUAUGACAGAGUGCCGUUUAUUGGGAUGGAUCGAACGAGGAUUACGUUCUGUACAGAUGUGGACAAGUCUGUGAUCGUGCAUAACUUUGAAAAACGCGGCUGGACGCAAGUAGGUCCAGAGGACGAUUGGAAUUUUUACUGGGCCGUUACACAAUCCUGCAGAAAUAUCUUCAGCGUCGAAACCGGAUACAGAAUGGACGAUAAUCAAAUGAUCAAUCACUUUCCGAAUCAUUACGAGCUGACGCGCAAAGAUCUACUGGUAAAGAAUAUCAAGCGAUAUCGAAAGGAUUUGGAGCGAGAGGGAAAUCCUUUGGCGGAGCGCGCGGAUGGUCCAGGCAAAUAUUUGUAUCUAGACUUCAUACCAGUGACCUUUGUCUUACCUGCAGAUUACAAUAUGUUUGUGGAAGAGUAUCGCAAAUCCCCGCAAAGUACUUGGAUCAUGAAGCCAUGCGGCAAAUCACAAGGCGCUGGAAUAUUUCUCAUCAACAAAUUAAGCAAAUUGAAGAAAUGGUCACGCGAAGCGAAGACCCCAUUCAAUCCUAAUUUAACAAAGGAAUCGUAUGUCAUAUCUAGAUACAUCGACAAUCCGCUGUUGAUUGGCAGCAAGAAGUUCGAUCUCCGACUGUACGUUCUCAUCACAUCGUUUCGGCCGCUCAAAGCUUACCUCUUCAAAUUGGGAUUCUGUCGCUUUUGUACCGUCAAGUACGACACCAGCGUUCAAGAGCUCGACAACAUGUACGUGCAUCUAACGAAUGUGUCUGUACAAAAGCACGGCGAUGAGUAUAACAGCAAGCACGGCGGUAAGCUGAGCGUGCAGAAUCUGCGCUUGUAUCUAGAGAGCACACGCGGUAAAACGGUCACAGAGAAGCUAUUCGCUAACAUUUCCUGGUGCAUCGUGCAUUCAUUGAAGGCGGUAGCGCCCGUGAUGGCGAAUGAUCGGCAUUGCUUCGAAUGUUACGGAUACGAUAUUAUCAUCGACAACAAAUUGAAGCCCUGGCUGAUCGAAGUGAACGCCUCGCCAUCUCUGACAUCCACGACAGUGAACGACAGGAUCUUAAAGUACAAAUUAAUCGACAAUAUCUUAUCGGUUGUUUUGCCUCCGGAUGGUAUGCCUGACGUGAAAUGGAACAAGUCGCCUUCCCCAGAGGCUCUGGGGAACUUCGAAUUGCUGUUAGACGAAGAAUUGGCCGCUCAAGAUGAGAGGGAAAGUUCAUCAAACAAAUAUCGCGGUUCCUCUCUCAAUAAAUGGAAAUAAAAAAAGUUAUUUGCUUCAGAUAUAUAUU